UUAAACCAACAAAUAUUUCAACAACCUUCUUUCAGCAUGCAGGUCUGUUUUGAUGUGGGCUAUCCAUAAGUAAUCGCUCGCCGUUAACACCUUUUUUAUGAAUGGCACUUAUUAAUGGUCUCAUUAGCACUUGUAGACCCACUGAAAGACACAGUCUGUAUAAAUGAAGCCUGUUUUUAUCGGUCUUUCUGAGUUUGGAUCUGAAGCUCAUCAUGACUAACGGAGAGACCGCAGAGUUCAGCAGUUUUCUGGCGCAGUCCAGUGGCGCUCCGAGAAGGAGAUUGAAGCAGUGUGCAGCAGGAACAUACACCGGGCUCAUUGCAUAUGCAAUUCAAGAAUCACCGGACAAGAAGCUCACAUUCAAAGAGAUAAUGACGAAGCUGGAACCAUUUGUGUUUGGAGAAAAAAGGAGCAUUGAGAACAACAUCAGAGUCUGUCUAUCGUCGAACAAGUGUUUUGUGAAGGUGCCAGUCGAUCCAGAUUAUCCAAAUCCCAAAAAGAAUUACUGGAAAGUGGACGAAAAUGGCAUUACUCCAAAAAUGCUCCGCCGACAUUUCAAACACAUUAUGCACAUGUUUCCUGGUCUUAUGGCACGUGGAGAUUAUUCACGUGUUCAUGAUGACACACUCGUGCCAGUCUGCAAGGCUACAGAAAAUAAAAGCGAAGUCAAGUUUACAGGCCCGUUCUCCAUUGAAUCUUUGCUAAAGAGUGACCAUGGAGUGAAACGCAUGCGCAGUACGCAGAUGGAGGAACAUCCACACUACAGAGAAGCGCAGUGUGCAGCGACAAAGAGAAAACACAUGUAUGCUGCAGUGGAGUGUUUUUACCCUGUUUCAGCAGAAGGAAACCACUUAGUCUCGACGAAAAGGCCUCGACUAUCUUCAGGACCUCAGUUAGGACUGUUUUUCCUUCAGCAGAUCCAGUAUGAUCGUACUCUCUUUAGCUCUCCUCUAAUGUUCAAUACAUUUGUGAGCUGGUGAACAACGAGAAAGAUCUUAUGUAAAUAG